UCAGGAGGCGUGCCUGGUCGGAAAAGGAGUGUGGGAAAAUGAUAUCGCGCCUUCGAAGUUGUCAAGGUGUUUUUACCUUUCAGUGUAACCGCUCGAAGAUGACUUAGACACAGCUACAGUGGAUACAGUGCAUGAAGAUGUAACGGAAGAGGAGAGUAAGAGAGAGUCACUAACGUUAAAGGAUUGAUUGUCGGAUCAGUAAAAUGCCAGGUGUGCAGAGCGAGGGAGCUGCAGUAGGUGUGGGGAGUCCGGUCCGGAAAAACCGUCUGUCUCUAAAGUUCCUGCAAAGGAAAGAAACCAAGCGCGCUCUCGACUUCAACGAGCCUCAGGCUGAGGAAUCCAACGCUGUAGAACCAGCAGACACCACAAGCUGUGAUCAGGUUGUGCCAGCGCCUUGUCCCUCAUCUCCUCCCUGUGGAAAAAGAGAGAGCCUUGUACCAUUUGUUGGCCUUAACAAUCUGGGAAACACCUGCUACCUUAACAGCAUCCUUCAGGUCCUUUAUUAUUGCCCUGGGUUUAAAGAUGUUGUUAAGACGUUGUAUCGGUUGUCCAAGUUAAAGGAGCAACAGAAAGGAGAUGGUGCCAAAAGUGAAGAGGGAGACUCGUGUGAAGACUCGAUGCCUGUUCACAUGGAAUUACUGCACAGCUUCCACAGUUUAAUAUCUUCAGUGGAGCAGCUGCAGUCCAGUUUCCUGUUUAACCCAGACAAAUAUAACGAAGGCGAGCUGGCCACACCCCCACGCAGAAUACUCAACACACUCAGACAACUGAAUCCUAUGUAUGAAGGGUAUCUGCAGCAUGAUGCACAGGAGGUACUGCAGUGCAUCCUCGCAUAUAUCCAGGAGGCCUGUGACACCAUUAAGAAAGACAUUAGACCCAACCCAGAUGAAAAACCAGGAGAGUGUGAGCGCAUCACGACAGGCGGGACGACGGACGAGACGACACCUACCCGAGAGGAAGAGGAGAGCUCUGAUGGACAGCUGAGUGGGAAAAGGAAGAGCGACACAGAAGUGGGAAAUGCCAAGAAGAAGCCCAAGUCUCAGCGCAAACCCAAGAAAAGCGAUGAGGAGAGCAGACCUUUCACGCGAUCAAAGAGAAAGUCCUCUGGUGACGUGGUUGGAAAUUCUCUCGGUGACCAGAGGGAUGUGGCAGAGAAAGACAAGGCGGAGAAAGAGGGAGGAAGUAACACAGAGGAUGAGAAGAUCGAAGGAACCGCAAAGGAGGCGAAUAAAAGGAAGAAGAGGAUGAAACUGAGCUGGCUGAAACCUUCAGGGAAGCAACCGAGUAUUUUCUCCAAAUUCCGCAGCAUGGGGCGAAUCAGCUCUCAUGUGGGAGACGGAGCGGAGAGCAAGGACCAGGACACGAGCAGCAGUGAGCAGCACCAUGGUGAAGCCACUCCCGGUAGCGGGAAGACCAUACUGAAUCCAACUGCACCAAAGACGGAAGCAGAACUGCUGGGCUUGGAUAUGCUGAAGCAGCUGUUCCAGGGUCAGCUGGUGCUGAGGACACGGUGCCUGGAGUGCGAGAGUUACACUGAGAGGAGAGAGGACUUCCAGGACAUAAGUGUACCAGUGCAAGAGGAUGAGACCAGCUGCUCACAGGCUAGUUCGGAGAUUUCCCCAGAUCCUAAGCCCGAACGGAAGACUCUGAGGUGGGCGAUCUCUCAGUUUGCGUCAGUAGAGCGGAUCGUCGGCGAGGAUAAAUAUUUCUGUGAGACCUGUCACCACUACACAGAGGCGGAGAGGAGUCUUCUGUUCGACAAGACCCCUGACGUCAUCACCAUUCACCUCAAGUGUUUCGCAGCCAGUGGCUCAGAGAUGGACCCGUAUGCUGGACUGUCAAAGGUGAACACGCCCCUCCUCACUCCCCUCAAACUUUCCCUAGAGGAAUGGAGCACACGACCCUCCACUUCCCACCAGGAGCACCAUUACAAGCUCUUUGCUGUGGUCAUGCACAGUGGCGUGACCAUUAGCAGCGGCCAUUACACCACCUACAUCCGCAUGACAGACCUUCACCACAGCAAGAUCGAGCUCCAGCCUGAGGAUAAGCCUCAGAAAGAGGAAGACCGGGAAAUGAAACCACUUAAGAAGGAAGAGGUUUCACAACCCGAUUAUUAUGAUGAUGGUGAGGUGUCCUUCAGCUUAAGCUCCAAAGCGAAGAACACGAUUAACGGCACGAGUUUGUCUAGCAAAGCCGGAGGAAAGAGGUCUACAGAAGGGGUCGGUCUACUGGGAGGUCAGAGAAGUAUCUCAAGCUACGAGAUCAGCACCAGCAAGCAGCCCGCUUACGCCGGUUCUCCUGCGCAGAACGGACUGGUGAAGAAGGAAAGGGAGGAAGAAAUCGAUGGAGUGAAAGAAGAGAGUCGGUUGAGCUUGGACACUGCUUUACAGAACCUUCUGGACUAUGAAGGGAAGUGGAUGCUGUUUGAUGACUCAGAGGUGAGGCUGUUUGAGGAAGAAGAGUUCCUGCGUGCAUGUUCUCCUGAGACCUGUUCCACCUCCACACCUUACCUCCUCUUCUACAAGAAGGUCUCAGGACAAAUGAAAUGAACGAUAACCGGACCGCAUCCGACGUUUAGAAACGACUCAUUUGUCAUGGUUGCAGAAGAAACAAGCUAAAAAUAAAUGCUUGAGUAUUCCUUAAACAGCUGAGACACAGUAUGCCAUGAUGAUGCGUUUGUGCCUGUAUGUUGUUUUGUUUUUAUUUCUAUCUACAUUCCCUCUCCAGACCUUGACAUAAAUUUAUCACUUACUUUCUGAAGACCCUUACAAAAUGCACCUUGGCACCAACUGUAGUGCACUUAAUGUCCUGUAAGUCUUUUAUUCUCCAACUGCCUGAAACAAGUCAGGUAAAUUGCUCACACUGGCUUUUUUUAUAUAUAUAUUUUAAGGAUAAAUUUUCAUUUUGUUCUUGAUGUUCAGCUUCUUUGUAGGAGGAUGUUCCAUAUAGGGUGUAAAUAUACCAUAGUAUAACGUUUAGUCUCAACAUGACAGUGUUUUCUGCUUAGGCUAAAAGACAAGUGAAGAAAUCCAGCUCCGAGCAGGGAUGAGCCGUUUGCACAGAGAUGUGAGUAUAGCUUCACCAGUUCAGGGCUUGUUCAUAUCAUCUAUAGGUAACUGCAGGAAUAGAGAACUGUAUUUUUGUAGUUUUUAAUCCUACUGUACCUCAUUCCAGUGAAAACUUUUCCUCUUUGCCAUUUUCCUAAAAUAAGCUAUCAGAUCUAACAUGUUAGGGAUGUGUAAAUAAAUAGUUAUUGAAUUGAAGAGGUGCAUGAUGAAAAAAGUCCUUGAUCGCUACUGUGUAAACCGUUUCUAAGCAAUAAUUACAGCCUUUAUUUUUUUUCUUAUAGAGUUAUCCGUUGAUUACAGACUUUUCUAUGUUUGUGCCUUUUUGUAAAUGUUCUUGUACACCCAUUAAACACCAGCAUAUUAAAAGUCAA